CUGUCGAUAUCUUUAAGACAUCAUAGGAUACAGAGAAUAUAUAAGUGGAGUUCCUGGAGAUUUUUGGAGAGUUGUUGUCGUUGUAACAACUUGAAUUCCUUCGUGGACUUUCCCGUUUACCCGAGUCGCUUAAUUUCCCUGCUCCUCAUAAACUACUUGCCAAGAUGGGUUCUGUGGAAAGACCUUCUAUACAAUACAUUCAUCGAGAUGAGGUAGAGAAGAUCAUUCAGGCAAUUGUUCAAGACGGUGGUGUUAUUAUCAAGAAUUUUGCAAGUGUUGAAGCUGUUGAGAGGGUCAAUGCGGACACGCUGCCCUACCUAGAGAAAGACAAGCCUUGGAAGGGAGAUCUAUUUCCACCAGAAACUAGACGUUGCUGUCGUCUCAUCGGUCGGUCACCGACUGCAAGAGAAUGGCUUGUAGAUCCACUCGUCUCCAAACUGCUGAGUGUCUUUGUUGACAAGACGACCCAUAACUACUAUGGCGAGACCAAGCACACAUACACUAGUACCGCAAUCCUCAACACUGGGCUGACAGUGCGAAUUGGACCUGGUGGAAAGGCUCAGAGGCUGCACAGAGACGACAAAAACUUCCAUGUAGAUCAUCGAGAUCAGACGAAGACUGGGUACCGGGUUGGGUCUGAUGUCGAACUUUCGUUCUUGAUUCCUGGUGUUGCCACAACUAUUGAAAAUGGCGCUACUCAAGUGAUCCCUGGAUCUCAUCUGUGGGGUGCAGACCGUAUUCCAAAGAUUGACGAGAUUGGGUACGCCGUGAUGGAGAAGGGCGAUUGCCUGGCUUUUCUAGGCGGCUUGUACCACGCUGGUGGACAAAACUCAACCGCCGACCAAUAUCGUCCGGUCCACGACCUUUCUUUCAUUCGCGGCUACCUAAGACAGGAGGUACGACCCUUGUACUAUAUGGUCGUGAUUGAGUGCUGAUAUAUCAUAGGAGAAUGCGUACCUCGCCUUUUCGACAGAUAAAGUCUUGUCCUGGCCAUUCGAUGUCCAAAUGAGAAUGGGAUACACAGUCUCGUCUCCGAAUCUUGGCUUUGUGGACUUCAUCCAACCUUACAAAUACCUAGCUGGAGAUUUUGACCCCAAUCAGCCUGGCGAUUUGGAUUCGAGUCAGGAGCCGAACAAAGCAGCUACUUGAGAUAUUGGAAAAGACAACAGAAUUCGACGCUCUGCUAUAGGGUGAUCCCUGUGAUUGUGGGGAUGAGCAGUAACGUCACAGACUUGUACGACCCCAUCUUGAAUUUAUUGCAAUCCUGUUUUACAUGUCCCGGUCUGAAGCCGAUAACGUGGAGUGAGUUCAUUCCACGAAGUUGCAGAAUGCAUUGUCUGGUUCCCCGCAAAAAAACAAGAAAAAAACAUACAACAGUGGGUAUUCGCUGGUGGUCACCCACCCAACUACUAAUCCACCGGUCUGGUGCUUGUGUAUGGCAGAGCGGACGGGAUGCCCAUUUCUCACCAGCCUAUGGUCGUAUGUGGCAGUGUUCUCGGUAUUUUAUAUAUUUAAAGUGAGACGAAACGUCUCGAUGUAUGUGAGAUUGCGGACACAGCGCUACAUCGGAUUGAGUCUAGAGG